AUGGUACGCGCCGCGCUUUUCGCUCGAGGCUUAGCCGCAGCCAUCCUCCUCACUUUUAAGACAGCCAACGCCAUUAAUGAGCCCCAUACCCCUCGAGGAGCCAAUAUCACUAAUAGCGUUCCUCUGUCUGUCGACCCACGAAGCACGCUUGACGUCUGCGAGGCGAGGACGAUCAACUACAUCACACAUGCCUUGCCCCAGUCAUGCCUCACAAUCUCCUGGAGAAGUCCAGCUCCUACGUCUACUGCAUCUGCAGGCUCGCAACAUGGAAGAGACGAUGGGUCAGAUCAUGGAACCGACAACCAGCCAUCAUGGCCUCCGACGCCGACAUUAGAUCAUAAUGCCACCGAAGUGCAGGCCACGGAACCAGCGGCGACGACGUUUAUGUCAUUCGAGGACUGGAAGGAAAUGAUGCUCCGGCGGGCUGGGCAAGACCCUCAGGACCUGCGGUCUCGAAGACCGAGCGAGCACAACACUGAUGACAGAUACUCUCCGGAAUCCGGUCACGCCGGUCUCGGGGAAGAGGGUGAAAUAUCCCUCAACUUUGAAGAUUAUGGCAAUGGAGACCACCAGAAGCUUACGUCUCCCAGAUCCACCCGCGGUGACGGUGUUGAUGAGCAGCCCGCCGCCGCCGAUGCGUUGCUAUAUGAGGAAGGAAAAGCAGCUACUGUGCAUCUGAGCAAGGAUGCGGGUAAAACUUGCAAAGAGCGAUUUUCUUACUCGUCUUUUGAUGCCGGUGCGACUAUAUUAAAGACUUCGCCUGGAGCUAAGAAUGCCAGAGCGAUCUUGGUCGAAAACAAAGACACCUACAUGCUUCUAGAGUGUGACGCCGCUUCAAAAUAUGUCAUCGUCGAGCUUAGCGACGACAUUUCGGUAGACACGGUCGUUUUGGCCAAUUUCGAGUUCUUUUCAAGCAUGGUACGACAUUUUCGCGUCAGUGUAAGCGACCGAUAUCCUGUCAAGAUGGAUAAAUGGCGUGAGCUCGGGACGUUUGAGGCGCGAAACUCUCGCGAUAUUCAACCCUUCUUGGUUCAAAAUCCACAAAUCUGGGCCAAAUAUGUCAGGAUUGAGUUCUUAACCCAUUUUGGUAAUGAAUAUUAUUGUCCUGUUUCGCUACUACGAAUUCAUGGAUCCCGCAUGCUCGAUUCGUGGAAAGAUAGCGAGGGUGGCCGGGACGAGGAGGCAUUGAUUGAUGGUGAUGAAUCCGCUGGAGCCGAUUCCCACCAAGACGAAAAUCAUGUAGCUGACGCAGCUGCAUCGAGAGAUACUAAUAUACACAUAAUGGCAUCGAAUGGUACCAGUUCCAGGAGCUUGAGUUACGCCCUGGAAAUCUUCACAAACAUGGACGCUACCUGCCCAGCACCAUCUUCAGCAGGAGCCAACCCUCCAACCAGGGAUCCGAAGUUGUCGUCGGUUAGCCUUGGGACAUCGCAAGAAUCAGAUCUGGUCUCGAGUGACGUAUCACAGGCUCGUUCCGCAUCUCCAGAGAAUUCUGGUAAUUCAUCGAUUGCACAGGCAAAAUCCAUUUUGGCCACAGGGUCCAUAAAUUAUUCAACCAUCAUGCCUACAUCACAGGAUGACCGCUUGCGCAAUCACACUGGGGCUCUUAAUGGAGCUGCUUUAAAUGUUAACACAACGACGAUCGACCGCGAAAACAAUGCCGCAACCCCAACAGCUAAGUUAUCGGCAUCGAGUGGUCAGAACGGUAAACCACGAAGCAGUGGGACUACAGGUGCAUCAGCUGCGUCUCCGACAAUGCAAGAGGGCUUUUUCAACGCCAUCACAAAACGACUCCAGCAUGUCGAGUCGAAUCUAACUCUUUCCAUGAAGUAUGUUGAGGAUCAAUCUAAACAUAUCCAGGAAGCAUUGCAAUCGAGAGAGCAGAGGCAACAUGCAAAAAUAAAUUACUUUCUAGAUGAAUUGAACAAAACAGUAUUGGCCGAGCUCCAUACUGUUCGCGAGCAAUACGACCAAAUAUGGCAAUCUACGGUUCUAGCUUUAGAGAGCCAAAGAGAUCGUUCAGAGAGAGAUAUGAUGGCCCUUAGUUCAAGACUCAACCUUCUUGCGGAUGAGGUGGUAUUCCAAAAGCGAAUGGCUAUCAUUCAGGCCAUAAUCCUGUUAUCAUGCCUCUUUCUCAUUAUAUUUUCAAGAGGGGUUUCACUUCCAUCUCUAGCGCCGUUGCUCGAUCAACCCUCCAACUCACCUUGUGCAACACCAACUUCUCCAGCAACACCGCGACAAUCUUCAUACCAAUUGAGUAAGAGGCACCAUAGAGAAGGCCAAUCAUCGUUUCAGCCACCUGAUCCUUCAUGUCAGGUACAAAUGCUUUAUCCUGGCGAGGCCCGUAGUGACACUUCGGCUGAGGCAUUACCAUUUGAAGCAGUGUCAUUCCAGGGCACAGAUGAACCAAAAAGCGAAUGUUCUGCGUUUCAACGUCUCUCGCCACCGCCUACUCCCAAUCUGCUAGGCGAAAUGUCGUUAUCAAGUGACCCCAAUUCUGCGACUGGGUCAAAUCAUACUCUUCGUCGCCGCCUGGGAGGGACGUCACACAUCAGCUCUCGAAAGCCUCUGCCCUCACUACCGGAACACCCUCGCUCAUUAGAUGAAGAGUAG